CAACUUACAUUUCUUCUGCUUUGUGUGGAAUUGGAUGGGGCGAGUUUCUUUAAGAAGCUCGGCUUUGGUGUGACGAGCACACUGCCUCGAAAUUGGGCCUGGUUGCACGGUGGGAGGCGAGGCACGGAGGAAGGAAGUACAACUGAAUCACUUGUGGCAGCGCUUGGUUGGGAAGAGAAUGGGGAUUAUUCGAGUUCAAUUUUCAGACGGACGAGGUCCCUUAAAGAAGGAACCGUCUUAUGUUCGAGAGCUAUGACAAUGGCAUCCAAGGAUGGCAUUGGACGAUGGGAGAAAGGGAGGGGGGAUGGGGGUGAGAAAGAAGAAAUCCCAUGGUCGGGAUGGUUCCACCUGCCUCGUCAUCCCCAAAAUCCCAAAAUCCCGUAUCUUGUCGCCCCUUGGAAGCACACCAUGGAGUCUCGGCACAGGGAAGAGCUGCGGGCGGUCGAGGGGCGGUCGAGGGGCGGUCGAGGGGCGGUAUGCAGGGAAGAGGUCGAGGCCCAUUGAGGUUCUUGGUUGCCAACCACGCUCCCACGCCAACUCAGCAACUCAGCAACUCUGCGACUCAACCCCCAGCUCAACCCAGCACUACCCACCCAGCUCAACCCACGCUCUCAACAAGUCAACCGGAAGCGUGGGAUAUCGUGUGUAAAAGUCUGGCCAUCACGCGUCGUCAGAGCACCAGCAGGAUCAGCAAUGAUCAACACGCUGUCGUGCACGCCUUAUCUCUGAAGUCGGUAAGGGGGUUGCACCGACCAGAGCUUGACGAGCGGGUACACCGGGGGAGGUGCAGCGAAACUGCAACAUUCUGCAGCUUUUGCGGGUCCGACAUGGAAGCCCUCUUGCCUCGUGACAUGCAAAGCUUUAUUCGGGUCGGGGCUAGAACCAGUCGUGCCAGUGGCACAGCGUCUGGAUCGCCGCCUCCCCCACUCCUACAGCAUCUUGUUCCUUCCCCGGAGCUCUACCGAGCCCUCGACGCGAGCUGCGGGUGUGCGGCCACUGCGGGGCUGUUUUGUGGGCGAGAGCGGGCGGCCCGGCCUACCCGGAAUCCGGACCCGGCAGGGCUGUCGCAGCGCCUCCGAGGAAUUGGUACGCGUGGAACGCGAGGAACGCCCACCGCCGAGUUGAGGUAACGCCGAUCGCGGACAUUUUGCUUUGUUGUCCGCUGUUGUCCGUUGUUCGUUGUCCGUUGUCCGUCGUCCGUCUACCCGGAGUGUCUUUCGAUCAACCUAAACGACAGCCCAGUGGGCAGUAAAGAGCGGGUGCGGGGUGGGGAACUGCUGUGUACCUGACCAUUGGUGUUGAACUGUCUCCCCAUCUCUCGGCUUGCGUUAUGUGUUGUCUUUCUCGUUGUUAUAGGUAGGUAGGUAUUCUUAGUUGUUGUUUGCUGGGCAAAGUAAGUCGGUCGGAUAUUGAUGCGGAAUCAAUCUGGCCUUGAGUAACAUUUCGCUGAUGGUUUAACGCUCGAG